AUGCAUCAAAGCCACUUCAGCAUUCAUCCUCUUGACCAAGUACAUGUGGUCGACUCUCAUCGCCAACGAAGUCAAGCUGUGAGUCUACCUAGCCGCAAUUCACCCUAUAAUGAUGUACGAAUCAGAGACUUGGGCGGCACCAUCUACAGUGAUGGUGAAAAUCGACUGCAUGGAAAGGAGAAAGAGUUUAACGAUGCUUGGCUACUUCCAGGUGAUGGUGAGCCACAACAAAAAACUUCACUCAGAAAUAGGUAUAGUGUAGCGGCGGAUGACGCGAGGAAAACAUCAACACAUUGCCUUGCCUCUAAAGUAGUAGCAAUAAACCGUCUUCACUUUCUUAAUCACAUUACAAGGAGACCACGAGAUCGCCUUGUCUAA